AUGUAUAUUGUGAACUGGUGGCGCAGGUGUGCAAACCGCGCUCGGGGUCAUAUUGCAGCCCCUUUGCGCUCUGAAGCAACGGCUGUUGCUGACGCAGUUGGACAAAGAAGAGCGGAAUCUCAGCGCCCACCGCAAGGGCUGGUCACAAGCAGACCCAGAGCACGCCUGGGGAAGAGUGACGCCACCCCAACAGUGUGGUUUUUAAUGGCACUGUCCUUCUCGAGCGCUUCCACAGUCUUUCGGCCCACUUUAAACAUUCUCAUACCCGAGCACCGGCUAGGCCUUCUAAGUGUAAGCCGCACUAUUUUUUUGAGUUCGCCUCACCUAUUCAUGACCAGUUGCGGCACCUGCGAGCUUUCUGCGGCACAUUUUCAUACUAUUCAUACAGACUCCUGGAUACAGUGGCUGCAUCCUGAAUGA